AUGUCCACCACUACAACCACCACUCAACAGCUCCCGAACCGCACCAUCGUCCCUCAAGAUUUCAUCCCGCCCGCAGAAAACAGCGCUGUUUUCCAGGCCCUUGCUCGCGGCGACAAAAAUGGCAAGCUGAAGCUCCGAGGGAUUCCCUCGUUCACUGACCCCCUGGCCAAGCGGCAAUGGGUACGCGAACACAUGGCCGCUGCGUUUCGGUUCUUUGGAAAACAGGGCUACGGGGAGGGUGUUUCGGGGCAUAUUUCUGUGCGAGAUCCCGUCCUCCCCGAACAUUUCUGGAUGAACCCGUUUGCCAAACAUUUCUCGCUUAUGAAAGCGUCUGAUCUUGUCCUCGUCGAUGCGAACGGAUUCGUGGUUGAGGGCGGAAACCAGGCUGUUAUCAACGAGGCCGGAUUCAUGAUUCAUUCUGAGGUGCAUCGCGCUCGGCCGGAUGUUAUGGCUGUGGCGCAUACGCAUGGCGUGUAUGGGAAGACGUGGAGUUCGUUUGGAAAGCCAGUGGAGAUGAUUACGCAGGAUGCAUGCAACUUCUACGGCAAGUUGAGCGUAUAUGAAGAGCAUGGUGGCAUUGCUCUUGCACAGGACGAGGGUAUAGCGAUUGCAAAUGCGCUGGGGAAGGAUAACAUUGCAUGUAUCUUGCAGAACCAUGGAUUGAUCACCGUCGGCUCCACAGUUGACGAAGCAGCCUUCCUAUUCUACAGCCUCGACAAGGCGUGUCACUCACAGUUGAUGGCCGAAGCUGCGGCCGCGAACGGAGUCCCGAAGAAGAUCAUCACAGACAAGGUAGCUCAGUUCACGGCUGACUCUGUGCAGGAUCCGCAUAACUUUUAUCUUGAGUUUCAGCCCGAAUUUGAGCUUGUUGUGGAGGAUUCUGGAGGCAAGGUUCUCCUGUAG